GACGAAUGCUAAGAAGGACCGAAUAAUACCGGAAGUGUUCUCCUUGGAUUUUAUAAAUACUAGUUAUCAUGCUUGCUGAACAAGCAAAGCCUCUUCGUGAGGAUAAACUCGUACAUCAGAUACGUAGUCUGAUCCCACCCAGUUAGCUUCGAUCAAUAGCCAUGAAGAGCUUCCUCCUUUUAAUCGGUGCCGGCCUAGUUGCUGGCCUUCCGUCCAAAAAUGCUGCCCGAGCUGCGGCUGAGCUACCAACUCUCGGCUUGACCAACUUGACCAAGAUCGACAUGGCCAACGGCGGCGGCUUACAAGGUCGCCGUCUGGCCGGCCCGUUCAUGGGGGUCGAUUUUCCCGACCCGAGUAUCAUCUGGGGCGACGGUUCGUGGAAGGCUUACGGAACUUCAUCAAACGGCAAGAAAAUCCCCGUCGCCACAUCAUCUGAUACUUGGUCCUGGACACUUACCGGCAACGACGCUUUGCCGAACCCUGGAUCUUGGGUCGACCCUAAUGACCAGGGAAUUUGGGCUCCUGAUGUGCAGAAGAACGAUGCCGGUGUGUAUGUGAUGUACUACACUGCCCGCCAGAACGGUGGCAACCACUGUAUCGGUGCUGCAACCUCAAACUCGGCACUGGGACCUUUUACACCGCAAAGCCAGCCGCUGAUCUGUGACGGUGCCAAUGGAGGUGUGAUUGAUGCGUCGGGCUACGACGAUGGUGCGAACCGGUGGAUAUUGUGGAAGGUUGACGGAAACAGCCUUGGUGGCGCGACGACAUGCCAAGGCGGAACCCCAUCAGGAGCUUACCGGUCGACACCGAUUAAGAUCCAGCGUGUGGCACGGGACGCUCUGACGCUGCUCGACAGUCCGAAGACGAUCCUAGAUAACGAGGGUGCCUCCAAUAACGGCGUUGUCGAGGCUCCUGCUCUGUACAAGAUUGCCGACGGCAACUACGUCUUGUUCUACAGCGCCCACUGCUACUCCAGCGACGACUACGACGUUGAGUAUGCCUUCUCCAGCACCAUAGACGGUAGCUACACCAACCGCGGCAUCCUCAUCCGCACCGUUGACAACCGCGGUGUCUUUGGCCCCGGAGGUCUCGAUAUCGACCCCAACGGCAAGACCGUCGUGUUCCACGGCCGCUUGAACGCGAACCAAGGGAAUGCUGCACGUGAGUUAUACAGCGCCGAGCUGACGAUUAACGGACGAUCGAUCGGUCUGUAAGAGCCUCGACGCGGGCUUCCUAUGCUAUCACAUUUGCUUUUUCUAGCAAAGAUGUGUUUAUAACGAUGUGACAACUACUACGUAAGUGGCGGAUUCGCUUAUUGCCGGAGAAGUGAGCCGCCGUGUGAAUAUUGAUAUCGGCAGUUUUGUAUAUACUCUUUCUACCUUGUAUAUGUAUAGCGAUCUUAUUUUGCCUCAGGUUAGUAAAUAGUAAAAUUUAUUGUAUAUAGUAUAGAAAUCGAAUGU